UUUUUGUGUGUGUUGUGGGUGUCCAGGGCAUUCUUGCCACCGUGCUGGCAGUAAUAAUUAAUGAGCAGAGUGUGGGAGUGGUGCAGAUGGGUAGGAAGUGCUCCAGUAUCGAUCAGCACGGCCAGCACUCUGGCGCCAGGCUCGGGGGCCUGUGGUUUCCCAGGCGACCACACCGGGACGCUCUGGGUGUGAAGCGGGGUGGAGGGACGUGACGGUCACCGCUGGUAACCACGGAGCCACACACUCCAAACACACGAAAUGAGCUCUUCUGAGGAUGGUGUUAACACAGAUGGUCAUGUACCCAGUAAAGAGGUUAAGGUUGAGAAGGAGGCGGAGGAGGUCACCGACCCUGAGACGGCACAGAGUUUGGAGGGGAAGUCUUCCGACUGCCUUGUUCCACGGAUCCCUAAAAGAGCCAUAUCGCACAUUGGCUUUGAAGGACUUGGCGCAGAGCAGGAGCAAUCAACCAGCAGGAAACGGGCCAAAGCUGGGGAACACCUCCAAGAUGGAGACUCAGAAGAGCUUAGGUCAUCUCCCCAGGAGAGAACCAUGAUGUCCUACAGGAAACCACUGUACAGCAUUUCCCAUCGCAUCACUGAGAAGAAGGCCACAUCCAGCUCGGACCAGCACGCACUGCCGGAGCCCGGGCAGCGCGUCGGCCACAACGGCAUCCUCUUGCCAAAGCUAGGAAUCCCAGAAGGACACAGCAGGACGGAUCCUCCUGCUACAGCGAGCUCUUCGACCUCCCCUGCGCCCUCGGAGUCUCACCUGUAUCCGCUCUUUGAGAAGAUGUUCUUCAUCCUCAACACACUAAACUCUAGCAUGACCCAGCUGCACAGCAAAGUGGACCUCCUGUCACUGGAGGUGACACGCAUCAAGAAACAGAUCAAGCCCUCGGAGAUGACUAUGGAGUUCCAGCCUCCCCCAGAGUACCAGCUGACCAGCGAGGAGCUGGCUCAGCUGAUGGAGCAGACGUCCACUGCUGGUGAGCUGGGCUGCAGACUGCUAGUCCAACUGUUUCCGGAGCUUUUUACAGCUGACGAAUGCGCACGUGGUUGCCGGACAUGUGGCACUGCGAGUAAACACACCCUGGAUUCUUUGCACCUUCAACUCAUACGCAACUACGUGGAGGUCUGCUACCCACUGGUUAAGAAUGGAAAUGUUUGGCAAACUGAGUGCCUCUUACAGAUCAAUGACUUUUUUAAUCGUUUUUGGGCUCAGAAGGAUGUGGAGAGUGGGCAGAUGUGUGGGAAACAGACGCCAGUGGUGCAUGGCUUUGAUAUAGACCAAAAUUACGGUUGCCAUUUCAUUAAUGAAGAUGGACAAGAUGAGAGACUCUCACUAGACUCAGAAGAGAACAACAACAAUGGCAGCCAUCUUGGCAAUGUCAAAUCAGAUUUUGUGUUCGAUUCUCAAGAUGCUAUGGAGGAUCCAGAUGACAUCACCUCGCCCGAGGACUUUGUUGUAUUUCUUCUGAACAGACUCUUUCCUGAAGUGUUUGAGGAGGGGAGACUUCCCGAGGGACACAGCACCGUAGGACAAUUGAUCAUCAAUUCUGACAGACUGGAGAUUAUUCGCAAGUAUAUGGAGGCAAAUUUUCCAGAUACACCUGAAGACACUUGGCUUCAGUUGUGCAUCCAGCGUAUGGAGGAAGCUCUCGAGAACGCUCCUGCCAAUGGCAUCGACCAUGACAACAGCCGUGAGGACAGCUAUGACCUCGCUUGCCUUCCAGAUGACAUUUCCAUCAUCAGGAUCAAUGACUUUUGUGACCUUGAAAAGCCUAAUCGCAGGUCAAAGAAGUCAUGGUUAGAGCCAGUUGACUUUGACAAGUUGGAGUCCCCUUCUCCAGAUUUUGAUGUUCCUCACGAAUACCUUCUCACCAAGGAACAGCUGAAGAAUAUUUAUGACAGCAGUUUGUCGAUCGGAAAUUUUGCCUCCCGCCUGCUGGUCCUCAUGUUCCCCGAACUCUUCACGUAUGAAAAUACACGCAAGCACUACAACUGUAGUGGUUCUCUAGGGAAGAAGCAGUUGGAUCCAGUGCGGGUCAAUCUCAUUCGCCAUUAUGUCCAGCUGCUUUACCCUCGGGCCAAAAAUGACCGGAUCUGGAUGCUCGAGUUUGUUGGCAAACUAGACGAGCGUUGCAGGCGCCGGGACACAGAGCAGCGCCGCUCUUAUCAGCAGCAGCGUAAAGUCCAUAUCCUGGACCAAGAGCCUGAGCCCGGCGACUUUAUGGGCGCUAGCCAAAUCAGCCAGCUCGGCUCCGAUCGCUCGAAAGAGGACUUCGACGUGCCUCCGUUGCCACCAGAGAAAAGUAGCAAAGACUUCUGCAAGAUCCCUCUGGAGGACCUCACAGUCUCCACCCCUGACUUCCCAGUGCCUUCCGCCUACCUGCUCUCGGACGCUGAGGUCAAAGAAAUCGUUCAGCAGAGUCUGUCUGUUGGAAAUUUUGCUGCCCGCCUACUUGUCCGUCUGUUUCCUGAACUCUUUACGCAGGAAAAUCUGAGGCUUCAAUACAACCACUCUGGCGCCUGCAACAAAAAGCAACUUGACCCCCUCCGUCUUCGGCUCAUCCGGCACUACGUGGAGGCUGUGUACCCUGUAGACAAAAUGGAGGAGGUCUGGCACUAUGAAUGUGUACCUAGCAUUGAUGAGCGCUGUCGGCGCCCCAAUCGCAAGAAAUGCGACAUUUUGAAAAAGGCCAAGAGAUCGAAUAGCACUGUGUCAUGUUCCCUGUGAGGCUUUGUCCCUUAUUUUAUUUUAAUUUUUUUGUGGAUACAUUACACAAACGUGUGUUUUUUUGCACAAGUCCAUAAGCUGAAGAUGUGUAGUGAAACUUACAAAAUGUCCAUAUUGAGGUCCAAUCAUAUAGGAUGAGGCCAAAUUUAUAAUCCUUGUACAGGAUGUGUUUUUAACAUGUAGCUGCAACACCUGACAGUGAAAUUUGUCAUUAAAGACACUAUCAACUGAUAGUGAAAUAAUAGUGUUAUUUAUAUGCCAAACCAUUGUUGUAAUUUAACUUUGACUAGAUAAGCUAUCAUAGCCUUCCACUAGUAAAUAAAGAAGUAUAGGCAUGUUUUAGACAGGUCACCUUAGUCAGGGCAAGGGGAGGGAGCAGAGAUAUGUGAGAUUUUGUUUUUCAAUAAUUGUAGCAAUGUUGCCGCACUGGUCUUUUUCUAACUAAAAUGUAUGUUCUAACUGCAGUCUACUCUAAAAUAUAGAAACAAAUUGUCACUAUUUUUAAAUAAAAUUCAUGUUUCUUCAAAAAGAAGUCUUUUUUUUGCAACAUCAAUCACUACUAUUGCCCACUACCUGUUAAUGUACAAUCUUGUUUCAAAAAACAUUUACAAUCAUGUCCAUAUAUGACUUAGAAAACUGAGCAAGCUUUAGAUAUAAUUUAUGUGGUUGAAUU